GUCAGUGUCAGUUCACCAUCGGCGCGCCGCGGCGCCGGUUUGGUUUUUGACGUGUGCUGAGUUUUUGUGUACUUAAUCGGAGUGGAUACUUAACUCAUAUUAUUAAUUCGCCCUUUAUGCAAUUUACAUAUACACAACUUCAGUGAAUAAGAAAUCUCAUGUUCUCAAUUCAGCAAAUUUUCAUUGUAUCCCGAAUAACAACGUUUGUUUUAGCACACUAACUAUACGCGAGAUGAGGCGAGCAGGAAGUAUUUGGGCGUACAUUAUGCAACUAAGAAUUGUAAAUUCGGUACGAUUAGUAAACAAUAUUGAGUGAUAAAUUAAUAGUUAUAAGUAUAGUGAGAGCUUUAAAUAAAUUACAAACUUUACCAGUGGUGUUUAAAAGUGCCUCAGAAACAUGGAAUCGAAAGUUGUUAUUAACGAAAAGAAUCCUCAUGACAAAGCUAACAUUUUGUCAAAAAUAUUUUUGACAUGGAGCUUCGGUUUGUUCCGUAAAAGCUGCAAACAGGGUAUCACAGUAGACCAACUAUGGCAAGCACGCAACAGGGACCACUCGGGCCGGCUAGGGGACCAACUUGAGCAAGCCUGGCAAAAGGAGCUUGAAAAUGCUAACCGAAAUGGCUCCAAGCCGUCAUUGUCCAAGGCUAUCAUACGAACCUUCUGGUUCGAGUAUAUGCUCUGUGGUUUAUUAGUAGGAAUACUCUUCAUAGUUUUAUGGCCAUUGAUACCGUAUACUUUAGCGCUAUUUAUAAAUUAUUUUUCUGGUGAAUCUACUCCUGAAGCGUAUAGAAACGCUCAUAUAUACAACUUUUUGAUGAAUUUCUGUAGCAUAGUGACGGCAUUGAUGUUGAACCAUCUGCAAUUGAGUCAAGGAGCUGUUGGCAUGCGAAUAAGAAUAGCUUGUUGUUCGUUAUUAUAUCGAAAGAUACUAAAACUAGAUCGAAACGGUCUCAGCAAGACCGAGCCGGGGCAAGUGAUAAACCUGAUGUCGAACGACGUGAUGCGGUUCGACAUGGUGACGCUGUUCCUGCACUACCUGUGGGUGAUGCCGGUGGUGGUGCCCGUGGUGUCGUACCUGGUGUGGCAGCACGUGCGGUGGGCGACCAUCGCCGCGCUGCUGGUCAUCUUCGUGCAGACUGUGCUGGUGCAAAGUUACUUGAGUAACCGCCAAGGAGUGCUCCGAGGAAAGAUAGCCAAGCGAACGGACGAGAGGGUCAAAGUGAUGAGCGAACUAGUGAACGGAGUCCAAGUCAUUAAGAUGUAUGCUUGGGAGAAACCGUUUGAGAAGCUAGUCGAUAAAUUGCGCAAGAUGGAAGUGAAGUUUAUAAUGAAGACAUCGAUGAUCAAGGGUUUCUCGACGGCGCUGACCGUGUUCACGGAGCGGUUCAUCCUGUUCGCGGCCGUGGUCACGUUUGUGGUCAUGGGCGGUCAGAUCCGCGCCGACAUCACCUUCUCCCUGGUGCAGUACUUCAACCUCCUCCAGCUGGCGGCUAAUAUCUUCUUCCCUAUGGCUCUGGCCUUCCUCGCGGAAGCGAAGGUGUCUGUGAGGCGACUUGAGGAAUUCUUAAUGUUAGAUGAAAUCGAGUCAACGAAGGCAAUUGAAGCGAAGAUGAACGCGAAAGAAGCAUCAGUGGUGAUCAGCAACGGAGUGGAAAAGGAGAAAGCGAAGCACACGGGGCUGGUGGUGGCGGGAGUGUGCGCGAGCUGGCAACCGGACCCCAUCGUCGAUACGCUGCGCAAGGUCUCCUUCACCGCUCAGCCCGGCGAGUUCGUGGGCAUCGCAGGGCUGGUCGGAGCUGGGAAGACGUCUCUCCUGCAAGUGAUCCUGGGCGAGCUGCCGCCGUCGAAGGGCACGGUGUCGCUGGGCGGCGCGCGCAUCUCGUACGCCAGCCAGGAGCCCUGGCUUUUCGUGGCCACCGUCCGCCAGAACAUCCUCUUCGGCCUGCCCUACGACCGCCAGCUUUAUAAAAAGGUGGUAAAAGCAUGCGCUCUGGUCCGCGACUUCGAGCUGCUGCCGCUCGGCGACUCGACGCUGGUGGGGGAGCGUGGGAUCAGCCUGAGCGGCGGGCAGCGUGCGCGCAUCGGGCUUGCACGCGCGUGCUACCGGCAGGCGGACAUCUACCUCUUGGACGACCCGUUAUCGGCGGUGGACACACACGUGGGCAAGCACCUCGUGUCCGAGUGUGUAAACGGGCUGCUGCGGCACGCCACGCGCAUACUCGUCACGCAUCAGCUGCACCACCUCAAGACUGCGGACAAGAUCAUCAUCCUGCGCAACGGCGAAGUGGAGAUCGAGGGUAAAUUCGAUGAAGUCUCCAAGUCGCCGUUGUUUGACGAACUUAUUGAGGAAGACGAGCCGGUGGAAGAAAUCCCGGCGGCUCCCCCACUCCACCAAAGGACACGCACUAUGUCUCAAGUAAGCGCACUAAGUUCAACGGUAGACGUGAAUCAGGAUGAAGUGGAGGAACAAGCCGAAACCGCCGAGUUGAUGGAAAAAGGACGAGUGUCGAGCUCCGUGUAUGCGCAGUACUUCCGAGCCGGGGCCGGCUGGGGCCUGCUGGUGUUGACCGUGCUUGGCAUCCUGCUCGCACAGCUGGUUACCUCGCUCAGCGACCUAUGGCUCACGCAUUGGAUGAACAACGUCGAGGCUAACAUUGUGGAGAUAGAAAGGAACCAAAGCAGCAUUGCCUCUAAUUCCUCAACCUUGGACUUAAACAACACUUCGACUCCCGCCAGCCUCAGCAACGUCUCAGAUCCACAACUAUUUACCAAUACUUCAAAUCCGCAACAGUCGCCGAUGACUCUAGAAGAAUCGACCUUUUAUAUUUACAUAUGGGCUAUUGGUAUUUUUGGCUGCAUAGUACUUACUACCGGCAGAUCGAUAUUAUUCCUGUGGGUGUGCAUGCGGAGCUCGAUCCGGCUGCACAACCAGAUCUUCGGCAACAUCCUGGCGGCCACGAUGCGCUUCUUCGACACCAACCCCUCGGGCCGCAUACUCAACCGGUUCUCCAAGGACAUGGGCGUCGUCGACGAGAUCUUGCCGAGGAUGUACCUCGAUAGCAUACAGAUAAUGAUGGUGAUGAUUGGUAUCCUGGUGAUGGUGGCGAUCGUGAACCCGUUCAUGUUGCUGACGACCCUCGUGUGCGGCGCGCUCAUGUGGACCAUUACUAUCAUCUACCUCAACACGGCGCAAGCGAUCAAACGAGUGGAAGGAGUGACCCGCAGCCCGGUGUUCUCGCAUGUGUCGGCCAGCAUGGCGGGGCUGACGACGGUGCGCGCGUGCGGCGCGCAGCCCAUGCUGCAGCGCCACUUCGACGACAAGCAGGACGUGCACACGGCUGCCUGGUACUUGACGUUAGUGACAAACACGGCGUUCUCCAUUUGGCUGUCUCUCAUCUCUGCGAGCUAUGUGGUGGUAGUCGCUUACACGUUCCUGUUCCUCAGUAACUCAAAAGAGACAAAAGCCGGCGACGUCGGACUGGCGAUCAGCCAGGGGCUCAUCUUGGUAAACAUGGUGCAAUACGGCGUGAAGCAGAUCACGGAGGUGAUAUCGCAGAUGACGAGCGUGGAGCGCGUCACGCAGUACACGUCGCUGCCGCAAGAGGAAAUAGCCGGCCCCUCGCCCCCGUCGGGCUGGCCGCAGCGCGCGAAGCUCGUCUUCAAGGACCUGUACCUACGCUACGACAAGGAAGCGGAGCCGGUACUCAAAAACCUCAACAUCACUAUUGAGAGCGGCUGGAAGGUGGGCGUAGUGGGCCGCACGGGCGCGGGCAAGUCGUCGCUGAUAUCGGCGCUGUUCCGCCUGGCGCCCAUCGACGGCAACGUCUACAUCGACGACGUGGACACUGGCUCCAUCGCUCUCAAGGAGCUGAGAUCCAAGAUUGCAAUAAUUCCUCAAGAGCCGGUGUUGUUCUCGGCUAGCCUGCGCUACAACAUGGAUCCGUUCGACAAGUACACGGACGCAGACAUUUGGAGAGCUCUGGAACAGGUGGAGUUAAAGCAGAGCGUGACGUCCCUGUCGUCGGAGGUGGCGUCGGGCGGGUCCAACUUCAGCGCGGGCCAGAGGCAGCUGCUGUGCCUGGCGCGCGCCGCCCUCGCGCGCAACCGCCUGCUCGUGCUCGACGAGGCCACCGCCAACGUCGACCCCAACACUGACGCAUUGAUACAGAAGUCUAUUCGCAAGUACUUCGCGGAUUGUACGGUGAUAACCGUGGCGCAUCGGCUGCACACCGUCGCCGACUCUGACAGAGUCAUUGUAAUGGAAGCUGGACAAAUCGUAGAGAUUGGGCACCCUCACGAGCUGCUGCAGAACCCGAACGGGCACUUCGCGGGCAUGGUAAGCCAACUCAGCCCGGGCGCCGAGCAGAGCCUGCGCGAGCUCGCCAGCGCCGCGCACAAGGACCACAUCCGAUACGUCGACGCCGACGACGCGCCCAAGCUCGCCACUUAGUACUUACACUGCCACCACCCUACUGACAACGGCGACACAAUGCCGCCUUAACCUCUUAAGACCCAGUCAUACGAGUAAAAAAAAACUGUAAUUUUAACUUAUAAAAGUUAUAAUAUAAAUAGAGCACAGCAAACAAAACAAAUGCAACUAUGUUCAGAUUUAAAAACAUGGUUUUCAUUUAUGGAAUUCAAUAAGUAUCUUGGGCCUUAGGAGGAUAUGGCUUAUUUAGACGGCGCGCGAACUCGCUACUAAACCUUUGAGGAUAUACAUACAAUGCAGCACACUAAUCAAAUACCGCAAUGCAAUGAAACACAUGCUAGCUCGCGCACCAUGUAAAUAGGCCCUUACUCAAUAUUGUACUUCUUGUCUCGCAUCCAAUGAUGGCUCAUAGGACAGUUCCUUUAUACCUACUUAUAAUAAAGUCACAUAAAAUGUGUUUUUUAACAACUAAGACUAUAAUUUAUUUUUUAGUGAAAGAGUUUCAUUUUUCCUAUAAUCAAAAGGAACUCUCUUAGGGACCAUCAUUCGACGGAAGAGGAAUAUGUAGAGAAAUAAUUAUACUUAAUCCUAAAGUCGCGUAGAUCAUUACUGUUGCAUAGGUGGUGCCACUUAAAGAACUCUCUUAGUGUUAAAUAAAUGCCAAUUUUUUGUUAAUAUGAACUUAAGCAAACUGCCGAUUUAUGAAAAUGCACCUACUUAAUCGCUAUAAAACUAGACAUUGAUAUGGGGCCUUCCCCCAUUUGUUAAUUGGGGGUUUUGAAUUGUUUUUUAAGUACUUACCUACUUACGAUUCUGAAACUUGCGUCAUACACUAAAGAAAAUAUGAAACAGGAUUAUAAAGCUAAAGUUUUUAGUAACACUGCCUCGACCAUUGGUGGACUUAAGCAAUGAAUUUAUUUAAUGAAUGGCAAUGAUUUCAGUAUAUUUAUAGGAAUUACAAUAAUCGCUAUAAGGUUACUUAAUAUUAUAGACACACAGAUUACUUAAAUUCAAUACGGACCAUGACUUCCCUCCAGUGCGUAAACUACUUAUACCAGAUACCUAUAUUUAUUGUACUUAUAACGUACUUAAUAUAAUCGGUGCUAUUUUUAGAAUUGAAUAAUCUCGCUGAAACCAUCAAUUAACAUUGUUAAUGGUAUUUUGACAAAUACGAACGUUUCAGAGAAAAUAACCGAUGGCAAAGAUUUGCACUACUUGUACAUGUGCUGUCACAAAACUGUAACGUGUCACAAAGAUGUAUAAAGAUUACGGGAUGAGUUUAAUGGUGCAAAUGCCGAUUUUAAAUACCGUACGCAAAUGCAUUUCAGUAAACUCAAAAUGUGUGUAUUUUCUACACAAUUAUUAGAAUAAGUUUAAGUGUGAAACGGCUUUAAGAAAGCCUUAUAUCUGUUAGACAUUAAGUAAUGGACAUUUGAAUGUGAUUAAAUCCAAAUAUUAUUGUGAUUUGAUGUCAAAGAUUAGUUUUGAAUACAUGUUUUGAUGUUAUGAAAGA